AUGCACCAUAGGGGAGUGACCACAGGUGCUGUCGGGCGGCUCGGGAACGCCUUUUCCGGCUCCACCCACGCGCUGCGUGCGGCGCCUCCUGGGCGGAGGGGGAGCGGCCUAGUGGCUGCGGGCCUGAAGAGUAACUGGCGGAGGCUGGAAGGUGGCCUUCGUAACCUCGCCAUGGCCGCGAAUGGGGCUGUGAUCGCUCGGCUGUUCAUUUUGGGUCCCUAUUCUAGCGCCUCGUGGGCCCCGGUGAUGACAAAAUUCUGUCUUAGUAGUUCUUUGAGGAAAACUAAUUCUAGUCAAGGACAGUCUGAACCAAUCAAGCAAGCACUUAAGAAGCCCAAGUUACCACAAGGACGGUUUGAUGCUCCAGAAGAUUCCAAUUUGGAACAAGAGCCACUAGAAAAAUUUCCAGAUGAUAUCAAUCCUCUUACAAAGGAAAAGGGUGGUCCCAAAGGCCCUGAACCUACUCGAUAUGGAGAUUGGGAACGAAAAGGACGUUGUGUGGAUUUUUAGUGGUCCGACUCUUGAGAAACUGGUCUCUUCUUCUGAAUGUAGUAUAUUUAAGUUCUGCGUGUUUAUAUUCCUUUUUUUUUUAAACUAAAAAGUCAUCAGUCCAGAAAAGAUGUAAGUUUGGAAGUAUUUCUGCAUUAGCACAUUUGUUAUUACAGAUUUAUUAAUAAAGAGAUAUGUUCAGGACUGCCUAUUAAUUUAUCAGUUAAAUUAAAAUUGCUUAUAUAAUAAGUUCUGUAAUUUAGUUUUUUUGGGGGGUUAAAGUGGUUCAUGGUUUGAAAAGGUUUUACUGGAACAUAAAAUGUCAUGAACCCCCAGAUAUACAUUUGUGGGUCUAGUCUUUUGUCUUCCUAGCUGAAAGCUGUGGAAACAAGUACUUGAAGUACCAUAAUUGAGAUCUUAAGAAAUAAUUAUAUUAUUUAUGCAAAAUAAUCCAUUUCAGCUCCACUAAUUGAGAAUUUGUGAUAAUUUGAACAAGUAAAUUAGUAAAGUAAAUGACUACCAUGCUGUUAUUAUCUGCAAAGAAAGGUUUUGCCAAGUAGAUAAUAGCAUAACCAGCAUUUCAGUUAAGCAAGUGCUUAUUGAAUACCUUCUCUAUACCUAACACUGUGCUACAUUGGAGGAGAGGGAAAUAACAGAAGGAAAAAGAGGCAGAGACCUGCCCUUUAGGAGCUUAUGGUAUACUUGGGGAAAUAAUGGUAUAGUUUUCCAGAUUGUGGGUUGGACCACAUUGGUAGGAGACAAGUCUUCUGUCUGUGGGGUCAGGAAAGUUUGAAGCAGUGACUAAAAUUAUUGGAUAUUUUAAAAUAUAAUUCUUGGAUAAAUACAUCCUUUUAUUUAAUUGGAGGCAAUGUUCAAGUCAAAAUGGAUAUGUGAAACUAGCAUCAUCUUGACAAUUGGUGAGGUGGCAGAAAGGGAGGAUACAGUUGUAAGCUGAAGGCAGUGUGCCCCAGAAUAGGUGGCAUGCCAGGGAAUAGGUGGAUUACAUGGAGAAAGGACCUGGUCCUUAACACCAGAGGGAGGGUUUGGGUACUUUUAUCUCCCAAAGCUGCUUAAAUGCUCCCUACCAGCCCUUCCUUAUGUCAGGUGAGACUGGAGGAGGCCAGUUAAUUGGCAUUUGGACCAUAAGCACAGCCCUUCCCUCUGGUAGAGAGGUGUAACCUUUGGCAAUGAAUUCAAUUCAUUGAUUAUUUUAUAUUUUGUGUUACUAUUACUUUAUGUGUAAAUUUUGUUUUUUGUUAUAAAAUUAUGAUGAAUAUUUAAUUUUACUUGAAUAAAAUGCAAGCUAAGAAAAA